GUUCAAGCUCUCCCCGUCCCGUCCGUCGUCUCUCUAUCUUAACUUUCUUCCCUUUCAUCUCGUGUAAUUAUUACCUUAUUUUUCUUGUAUCAUCUAUCACCAUCGCUCCCAUCAUGUAGUCAUGGGUGAAUACUAGUAUCUAACAUUACCUACAUCACAUUCAUCAUGGCUUCUUCUUCUUCUAAAAGCUCUUUGCGCCGUAGUCAUGGCGACUCAUCCGGAGCCUCGUCUGGACAUUCGCAUCCACGAUCAGCGACACAAUCUCGACUUUCUACCGCGCCGUUUAUCGAUAUCGAUACUCUCGUUAACCACCUCCUCGUCGCAAAACGAUCGCUUUCUUCUAUGACUCUUGUUCUUCGUGCGAAUGAGAUCGCGAAUGAUGCUAGGCAGUCACAUGAUGAUGUAUCCAUCCUAGCUGCGCAAGCGGGCUUCUUACGAACUUCUAUACUGGAUCAGACGGCGAUACUUGUGAGAACAAGGAGGAGCUUGCAGAGCACUUACGAAUGGGGAAAGAAGGACUUCCGAAAGCUGGUCAAGUCGAUGGACUUGGUCGACGGACAGCUUGAUCAUACUAUGGAGAUGCUGCGCGGGACUGGGGUUGAGAGUGUUUUUAGACCUCAGGGUGAAGAGAGACGAAGUCUUCUUGAUUUUAUCGAUGAAGGAGGCGUGGAUGGAGUGCGCGAGGCGAUGAAGCAAAGCAUCCAGGAGCUACAGGCUAUUCAGCAAUCUUUUGAUGGAGAUCUACUCCGUUUUGAUAACGACAUCCGGAAUCUAAAGAAGGUGGUGGCCGAUACGCCCAGCAUACAGGAUAUACCACAGGGCAAUAAUCCAUCGGCCGGCGAGAUCCUCGAGAGUCUAGUCGACCAUUCAGCCAACAUGGCUCAGCUCCUCGCAUCGCUGACCCAUCACUUCGACAUGUGCGUCACCGCGAUCCGAACGACCGAAGGCGGCGUAGCUCUCGCUCGCCGUAGAGCUGCCGAGGCCACACAGUCCCAAGGAAACGACGGGGUCUCCAUUUCAGGCGUCAUCGCCGAACAAGAGUCUAAUGUGUCUGACCUCGAACCCAAAACGGCGAAAGACCGAGCUGAGAUGUUAAAAGUCGUCGUGCAAGACGCACGCGAGGUUGACGACGUGGUGCAGGAAAUACAAGAGCGCCUCACGGCAAUGGAGCAGGAUUACACAGUGCUGCAGGAACAGCAUGAUAUCUCAAAACAAGCCUACACAGGCAUGCUACAAGCGUACGCUAUUUUGGGCGAUAUCGGCGAUCGACUCGCUGAUUACCUCGCGGCCGAGGGAGACUUUAAAACACGAUGGGAUAUGGAGAAGGAGAGCGUAUUCGCCAAAUUACAAGAGAUGCAGCAACUCAAAGACUUCUACGAACGCUACGCGAGUGCGUACGACAGUCUGAUUCUCGAAGUCGAGCGCCGUCGCGCAGUAGACGAUCGUGUGCGCAGCAUCUGGCGCAAAGCACAAGAAAACGUAGACAAGCUCCUCGAAACAGAUCGCGUAUCGCGCGAGGCGUUCCGGCAGGAUGUAGGGGAGUUUCUGCCGACGGAUCUAUGGGCGGGUAUGCAGGGUUCUGCGAAGAAGUGGACUGUUGUGAAGGAGGGUGGGGAUGAGGGUGAUGGAGAGGUGCAGCCGCUGAGGAGGAGUGUUAUUGAGGCGGCGAAGGAGAGACUUGCGAGGGCUGGGGAGAGGCGGGGAGUGAGAUAAGAGUGACACUUAGAUAUGUACGAUUGGUAUUGAUAGCUGGGAUGGCGUUUUGGAUAGGGUGGUUAUCUGGAAUUGGGAAUAAUACUCCACAUAUUGCUCUUGCUCAAAGUCUGGAUUCACCUGAUGGCUGUGGUGUUCUGGUGAGAUGUAGCAAGACAACGCAAUAACUACUUGUAUUCCUUUCUAUACGGGUACUUAGGGAGAUGUUAGGGUGCCUUGAUCAAUAAUCAUUCUCGUUUUCAA